AUGGCGCGAACAAAGCAGACUGCACGAAAAUCAACCGGAGGAAAAGCUCCAAGAAAACAACUUGCUACAAAAGCGGCAAGGAAAAGUGCUCCAGCUACUGGAGGGGUGAAGAAACCUCAUCGAUACCGUCCAGGAACAGUAGCUUUACGAGAAAUUCGAAGAUAUCAAAAGAGUACAGAAUUGUUAAUAAGGAAACUGCCAUUUCAACGGCUCGUGCGAGAAAUUGCUCAAGAUUUUAAAACUGAUUUAAGGUUUCAAAGUUCUGCGGUCAUGGCGCUUCAAGAAGCAAGUGAAUCAUAUUUAGUUGGGCUAUUUGAAGACACUAAUCUUUGUGCUAUCCACGCUAAGAGAGUGACUAUAAUGCCUAAAGAUAUGCAAUUGGCUCGUCGAGUGCGCGGCGAGAGGGCCUAA